AUGUCACCAGCGAAUAGUCACUACGCCCUCUUCGUGUGGCUUCUAGCGCUCUUUGCGCUUGUCGACCCAGCGUUGCCUUUUCGAGUCCCGCCGCACUACUCUGGUGAAGCCCAGAAAUUGGCCGAUCCGAACUACGGCCCCAUCCCAGGCCAGUCGGACCACUACAGCAGUUACUGGGGCAUUGAGAGGCCUUUCCCCGGCAACAUCACGGACCCUGUAUUCCCAACUCAGGAUGGCCCUCCCGGUGAAGACGACUUCGUGUGGCAGAACUUGCUGGCAGCCGAGUGGAUUAUCUUCGAGUUUUACCAGCAAGGCAUCGAGCGCUUCACCGACGAGGACUUCACAAAAGCCGGGAUGCCCGACAAUACGCGCCAGCGCCUGAUGGAAAUCCGCAACAAUGAGGCUGGCCAUCUCCGCAUCUUCCAGAAUCAGAUUUCGCCCACGUCGAUUAAGCCAGGCCCUUGCAAAUACACUUUCCCCCUAGCGGACCCCUUAUCUUACAUGACUUUCAUGACCGUGAUCGAGAUCUCAAGCAUGGCAUUCCUGAGUGGGCUGGUUCAAGCCGCCGAGAACGACUGGAACCAGGGCCUGAUUGCGGCCCUCUCGCAGACAGAGACUCGGCAUGAGGCCUGGGUCUUGAUGGAGAUCUGGAAGACAAACCCGUUUGCCGGCCCGUCGGACACCCCAUUCCCGUACGCCAACCAGAUCCUCGACAGCACACAGGGCCUCGUGGUUCCUGGAAGCUGUCCGCCAGAAAACCCAGAGUAUCCGUAUCCCCGCCAGCAUUUGCCCGCCUUGUUGGCGGCCCCCGACACGAAGAGCCUUGCGCCCGGCGCAACCAUCACGCUGGCCUUCACCGACAAGGACAACCAGCCUGUGUUCGACCCUGACACACAGUACUAUGCCGUCUUCUCCCACGGCGUGCACAACAUCAGCGUCCCCAUCGUCACCGAGGGGUUUCCACUCCGUCCAAUCAACGUCACCAUCCCGGCCGCCUUUGAGACCAGGGGCGUCAUUGUUGCUCUGAUUGCGAACCAGCUCGGGGCGCCCGUCAAGGAGUCUGUUGUGGCCGGCCCUGCUGUUAUCCUGGAGCAGCCUGUGGAGCUGGGACCUGAGCUGGUGCGGGGAGGGGGCCCUGAGGCGACUUGAGAGGUUGUAGACGCUUUCGGUACGCUAGCCAGCGUAGCUUUCGCGGUGUGCGGUUCGCUUUUGGCUUCAGGAACUCGCCGGGGUUGAGGGAGUGC